GACCUGAUGCAUUGAUAUAUACAAGUGAGCCUGUACCAUGCCUAAACAAAUAUCUACUUCCAAAAGCUAAAAAAUAAACCAUAGGAUUAUGGGAAGCAUUUGUAAUAAAACUAUAUUUCUUCUUCUCUUAUGCUUUCUGUUGAUCAUCACCCAAAUUCAGCUUGGCCACGCUCAGAAUGCAGGCUGCAUUGCUCGCGAAAGGCGAGCUCUCGUGGAUUUCAAAGGAAGCUUGGUUGAUAAUGCGAGUCGUUUGUCAUCAUGGACUGGCGAGAAUUGCUGCGAUUGGGACGGCGUUACUUGUAACAAUCUCACUGGUCGUGUGGAGAAGCUUGAUCUUCAUACUGAUGAUAUCAAAUUUGAGUCCGACAAUUGUGUGGGAGGUCAGAUCGAUCCUUCUAUUCUCAAGUUAGAGCACUUGCGGUACCUGGAUCUCAGCUUGAAUUGUUUUUCGGGUAUUACAAUUCCAACAUUUUUGGGAUCCAUGAAAAAUUUGAGAUAUCUCAACCUCAAGGAUGCAGGAUUUUCCGGGGAAAUUCCUCCUCAACUUGGAAAUCUUUCUGCAUUGCAAUAUCUAUAUAUUGGUGAAGCAAGUUCUGAAAUGGUCGAUAAUUCCUUAAGUUCCAAAACUCUAGGGUGGAUUACAAGACUGACUUCCUUAAACUCAUUGGAUCUCUCAACAACCAAUUUGAGUGAAUGCCUUGAUUGGUUGGAUAUGGUAAAUUUGCUUCCUUCUUUGUCAUACUUGAAUUUAAGCAACUGCGAACUAGUUGAUCCUGUUCAUUCUCCUUUGUUUCGUUCUAAUCUCACAUCUCUUGUCUCCCUUGACAUCGGAACAAACACUUUAGAGUCUGCCUCAAUACCCAGGUUGUUUGAUCUUUCUAGUAAUCUUGAAGUUCUUAGACUAGAAUCCAAUCAAUUCCAAGGCCCAAUUUUUUUCAAACUAGAAAAGUUCACCUCCUUGUCUUUCCUCGACUAUUCCGGAAACUCUUUCAAUUCUUCAGAUAAACUAAAUUCACUAUGUAAUCUUACUAGUCUCAUGUAUGUGGAUCUAAGUUACAAUCAACUUGAAGGGUCACUUCCUGUUUGCCUUGGAAAUUUGACAUCUCUCAGGGUAUUUAACUUGGGGAACAACAAUUUUAGUGGAACAAUACCUAGUCAGUUAGGUCAUCUCAAAGAACUAACUUAUCUUUGCUUGUCUUCCAAUACCAUCAACUCCUCCAUACCCUCUGAAUUUGGAAAUUUCACGGAGAUGGAAACUUUGUUACUUGAUGGCAAUCAAUUGUUUGGUGCCAUUCCUCCAACUCUAGGGCAGCUUACCAAACUACAAACUCUGGAUCUUUCCUCCAAUUCAUUGGUUGGAGAGGUGUCCGAGAUCCACUUCACGAAACUAAGAUCUUUAAAAUCCUUGGCGCUCUCAAGGAAUCAGCUUCUCACUCUCAACGUGAGCGCGCAAUGGAUUCCUCCAUUCCAACUUGUGCACAUAGGGAUGGAUUCUGUCUUCAUCGGGACCGAAUUCCCUCAAUGGCUUCGAACCCAAAGGAAUGUUGAAUGGUUAUACAUGAAUAAUGCCAACAUCUCAGGCACAAUACCUGAAUGGUUCUCAACCGUUUAUUCUGUUCUCACAGAUUUGGAUCUAUCCGACAAUAUGAUCCACGGAACUUUGAUAUCGAUUCCACCAGGUGUAGUGAACAUAGAAAUGUCCCGCAAUUCAUUGACUGGUUUUUUUGGGAAUGCCAAUUAUUAUAACACAGCAAAUUCAUCGAUCCAGUCCCUUUCGCUUGAUGGCAAUAUCGUCGGAGAAAUACCUGACCAACUCUGCAACUUAACAUCUCUAACAUCACUAUUUCUUUCCAAUAACCAUCUGACAGGGAAAAUUCCUCCGUGCUUCGAAAACUUGCAGCAACUGAGUGCUUUGCAUUUGAGUGGAAACAAGUUCAACGGGGAACUGCCAUCAGUGUUGAAGACACUGAAACUUCUAUGGGAACUUGAUCUCAGCGGGAAUAAUUUCACAGGCAACAUACCUGAAUGGAUCGGCGAAGAGUUAUCCGAAUUGAGCACCCUUUACCUUCAGUCCAACAACUUCAAUGGUGCGAUUCCGUCAUCUUUCAAGAACUUGAAGCUCUUAGCUAGCCUUGACCUCACCAGGAAUCACCUCACGGGCACCUUACCAGAUUGGAUUGGUGAAGAGUUACCUGAUUUAUAUAGCCUUAGGCUUCAGUCGAACAAAUUCUACGGCGCGCUUCCAUCAUCAUUGAAGAACUUGAAAUCUUUAGUGAACCUUGACCUCAGCAAAAAUGAAUUCAGCGGCACCAUUCCGGAUUGGAUUGGCAAGUUAUCAGACUUGUCGCUCCUUAUCCUUCAGGUGAACAACUUCCAUGGGGAGCUGCCGGCGACAAUGAAGAACUUGAAAUACUUAACAACCCUUCAUCUGGGCUGGAAUCAGUUUACAGGAACCAUACCAGAAUGGAUCGGCGAAGAGUUACCGGAAUUGUUGGAACUUAGACUUCAGUCUAACAAUUUCUCUGGUAAUAUUCCUGUACAACUUUGCAAAUCGCCCCUCCUUAGACAAUUAGCACUGGCAAACAACAGUUUAACAGGAUACAUCCCAGAUUGUUUUGCUAAUUAAUAAGAGUGUGGUGGUGAAACUAAUGUUGCAAGAAAAAAAAAUUAAUGUAUUGAUGCUGGUCAAAUAAUUAAUGUAUUAAUUAGAUGGUUUUGCCAAAAAAAAAUAAUAAUAGAGCUGGUGAAGAAUAUAUUGAUGCUGGUAAAAUAAAAUUAAUAUGGCAAUCCGGCAGGUCCAACUCUGUUGUGUUCAACUUGUUGCCCUGAAACAAAUGGCGUCUAAAGAUGACUAUAAUACAACGAC